AUGCUCCCAGCCAAACUCAGCUGGUUGAUCGAACGGUGCGGAAAGCCGAUAUUUAGCAACAACGAUGAUGUGCGGCGCACAAUGGCCGCCCUCCUCGACAUGUCGGCCUACGUUGACCGCAAAGGGGCCAAAGUCAUCGCCACACCGUUCAAGCGCUUCUGCCGCAAAGAUCCCGACAUCAUCGCCAGUGUGAUGGAGUCAGUUCCCAUCGACCCUGCUGUGCCCACGCACGGCAGACGGGCAGCCAUGUUGCUGCAGUCCAUCCCAAAAAAGGGAUGCGAUGACGUUAUUUGGGAGCAGGCGGUCCAGUUGUGCUUGGCAGGUCUCCAGGGUAAAAAAUGGGAUCUGCAUGACUAUCGUGUCGCCCUCGCCCAUGCAAGUCGAUGGGGCCGCCAUCCGACGUCACUUGCAGUGGCAACAGAGGAGCUUGUGAACGCCACGAUACGCACCGCGUCCCAGGUGGAGCUUCCUGUGCUACUUGUUAUACUCACUUCGCUGCCGGAGCUGGGUCGCUCACCCUGCCUCCAGGCAGCAGCGGAGCGGGUUGCCACGCUCGCUGAUGUUUUGACACCAGCAGCCAUUGGCCAGGUGUGUGCCUGUUUCAACAAGGUUCAGUUCAGACACAGGGUCCUGGCAAUCGCGUUGCAAGAAGAGGCUAUUCGUUUUGCUGAGGAAGGCGAUUUGUUCAGUGCUGUGCAGCUUUUCAGCUUUAUUUGUCAGCAGGAGACGGAUGCAAUUAGCCCAGAUGCUGUAAAGUGUCUGGCAGAGCGAGUGGUAGAAGGGAGGGAACUGGACCAGGAAACCGUAACAGCGUUGUGUAGAUCCCUAAAGGCAAUCCCACGUCAGUUGCGCCCUGAACUCCUUCGAGAAAUAACUGAAAUGGUGGCGUUUCUAAGUGUAGAAAUGAAGGAGCUGUUGGGGUUACCUGUGGUGGAAGGGGGCCUCAAGGAUGAGUUGUCUGUGGACAACAUUCAGACCUUCAUUUCACGAUUUCUUGCCUUGGAUGGUCUGCUCCCAUCGGAUCAUGAAAAGCCGACUGAUUAUAUAAUCACAGUCAAGUUGUGCGUGAAAUACAUCACAGAGAGGUUAGAAGACAUUGUAGCCGAUGAAAAUCCACCCUUUUCAAUUAUUCCGAAUCUCCUCCAUGUUGAUAUGGAAGAAACUCGGCAAUGUGGUCUGUCUAUAAUACGAGAGGCCGCAGAGCAAGGCAUUCACUUUCCGACCUUGCAGGCGUUUCGUUUUCUGUUGAUUUUGGGUGAUUAUAACAUGAAGGAUAAACGUGUGUAUCAACAUCUUCGCAACGAAUUUGCCAAAACAGCCUCUGGAAUUCCCAUGAUUCAGUUAUGUGCUGCAUUAAAGUGCUUUGUGAGAGGCCUCGUGCAGAACCCUGAGGCUAAUUCUUUGGAGGAACAGGUGGAACAGGAGCUGGAGAAGGAAGAUAUGGAUAAUUUUCUUAAGUUUUGCGUUGAGAGCAUGCAGAGGGGAUUCGCAGAUGGUAUGGAGGUGAAGUGCGUCUUGGCGGCGACCGAGAGUUUAUACCUGCUCGGCUACAAUGAUUCUGUGUUUUUUGAAAAGGUGGCGCGUUACCUUGACUCCAAGUGUGCGUCAGCGUCACCCUCGGUGAAUAGUAGUGAAACCGCCGAUACGGUAUGUCUGGCGCUCGGCGAGGACAUACUGGAUAAGUACCCUGCGGUGCACAUGUUUCUGUUGGAGGUAGGAAAAAUCGGUCUUAAGGGUGAGGCCACGCUGCCGCCAACGGAGUGGAUGAACAAGAACGACCCUUCUAAUUUUAUCGCACCAUUGACGGAGAUGCAGCAGGAGGGAUGGAAUAUCAUUAAUCGCAUGGUGGAAACACGAGCAGCGGACACAGAGGCGUUAAUAAAGGCAGCUAAGGAUUACGUAGCCAUCUUAAAGGCAACUCGAGUUGAUGAUCUCAAAUACUUUUUUGGUGUCUUUGAAGAGAAGGUAUUGAAGCAGGACAAACUAUUAAAGGAAUGUUUGGACUACCUAGUGGAUAGCAACAUGGUGGUGAAGUUGUCGGCGACGAGUAUUGGGGCGAUGCUAAACAGCCUUGCCGCCAUACGUUUUACAUACCACCGUAGUGUCAAGCGUUUCGUUCUGGCAAUCAGCAGCGAACAGUGGAAUGAGAUGGACGCUUCUCCUUUGGUGCAAAUAGUGUCGGCCAAGGCAAAGUUAUCACUGCGAAUUCCUCAAGUGUUGGCGCAUGUAGGUGAUCGACUCGUGCAGGUUCAUAUGUUUCUCACCCCAUUGGAUACAGCUGUACUUAUUAAUGGGCUUCAAUCACUUGGAUAUGGGAAUGAUGAGGUCAUGAUGAUGUUAAUGCGCCACGCGGCGUCUAGCGCGCGUCGCUGGGAUGAAGUAUCGCUCACGCUACUAUUCGGUUCAACUAGCAUUCACCGUCUACUUCGAAAUGGGGAGGUGGCAACUCCGCUGUUGGAACAGGCUGCCAGUAAAACCACUUCACCUCAUCUUCGUCAACGGAUUGCGGUGUCACUGCGGAGGUCGUCUCUGCCACGUGAGCUCGUGCAAACCUCAACGGCUGUGUUGAUAGGAGGAAGUCAAGACGCGCCGAAGCCUCUGCAGUUAACCUGA